AUGCCUCGAGUCGUUUCGCCGAACGAUACUAUUGGAGGUGCCCUUGUUCUGACACUCACACGCCGACUGAUCUCCCUAGGCCGCAGAGACGAUGUCAAGGACGUCGCAGCCAUCGUUUCGUUCGCCCUCCACCCCGACGCCGUGCCCUCGCGCUAUAUUGACCGCUACCGGGCCUUUGAGGAGUGUGCUGAUAGUUAG